CAGUACUCCAAUGACUGACAUGAAAAAGGGCUUACAUCGUUCCGCUCAGCUCGUGGUUGCGGUUUGCUUAAUAUAUGCCGUCAUUGUUUUCAAAGACCUACCAGAAAUACCAGUCGAUCGACUCUCUUUCUCCGUUGAAGGAGAUAACAAGAAUGGUUUAAUUAAAAGAGAAGAAAUCUCGCGAGCUUUGCCAAUAGAAAACGUGACACGAACGUACUUGAGACACGUCGCAGUGCGCGAUAUGACAUUUCGGGCGAACGAGGAUGCAGGAACCACUUUCGCUAUCUCACCACAGAAGACGUGCGCCCUGGUCGGAAGUGGUGGGAUCCUUUUGAAUAACAAAUGCGGCGACGAAAUCAACAACAGCGACUUUGUUAUGAGGAUCAAUAACCCCGAAAUUAAGGAAUACUCAAGCGACGUCGGAUACAAAACUAACAUGACGUUAAUUAAUAAUGCGAUGUGGUGCCAGUUGUACGAUUAUUUCAACGAGAAUAAACCACUGCAUCUUCCCGGGAACAUGACAGUCGCGAAAUUAAUCGAGAGAUUUCGGUUCUUGAAUGAUUCAUCAUUAUUGUUCACAGCCCCUGGGCCCAUGCGACGGUGUUCUGUCGAUAAGCUGGUAAACACUGUGAUGUCCCUAAAGAACACAUAUGGUCUGCUCUUUCAAGUUGCUUACAUCGCAAAUGAUAGGCUCCACGACGUGGUGAAAAGCACUCAGAUAAUCGAUGACAUCAUUAAACAUGUGACAAAGACUGGUCUUCAUGCUAAGGCGAUUGGAAACAGACAGGCUGUAUGUGUGGAUUGUAAGCAGAACUUCUCAUUGAUGGAAAUAAGGGAGAACGUUUCCUCGUGGUUGGACUUGGAAUCGAUUUUGGCUACAUAUAGGGAUGACGUAAAAGUCUCGCAGAUGACAUUUCACCAAAAUCAAUGGCCUAUGGGCGAAACGGUACCACCAAAUCUCCGGGAUGAAUACGAAAACAACUUUUACUCUCUCGAAAGGCAGAAGUCUUGCGCCCUCGUCGGGGACAAGAUUCAUCUAUUACGCGGAUGUGGCCACGCCAUUGAUGAUCACGAUUUCGUGAUGCGAGUGAAUGUGUUGAAAGGAUUCGAAAGCGAAAUAGGCUGGAAAACAAACCUUACAGUCAUUAACCCAAACACCGUGAAAUACUAUAAUAAUAAAUUAACAAAAGUCAUAUCAAAUUCCCAGAACACCACGGACGGCUCAUCUCUACAAGAAUUUGAACUAAUGGGCAGCUCAACUGUAUGGCUACCCUACACGCUAACAUCGGACGUAAAACGCAACUUGACAUUCUUUCUAACAGAGACGAAAGACAAAAGGAAACUUCCAUUUCGUAUUGCGUACGCACCAGUUCCAAUUUCCCACGAGACACUAAAUAGAAUCUGGAAUGCAACGUUGGGUGACGCUUUCAUUACAUUCACCAUGGCAACGUUAUUAUGCGACUCGGUGGAUGUCUACGGGUUUGUGCCUCGAAACAGGGAAGCCGGCAAUUCUCCAAUUCAGCUAUCGAAUGCUACACUCUUGUACCUGAAACAUAAAUUGGCAGAGGUCAAGUUGUUUCAAGCUAUGGAAGAAGCAGGCGCAAUAAGACUGUUGGAAAACAAUUGUUGA